UCUGUCUCUUUAUUAUUGAGGUUUUGUUUUUGUUGCAUCAUUCCUAACCACUAUAUGAGUAUAACAAGCAUAGAAAAUAUAUGCAAGAAAGCAAUUAUUGAGCGAAACGAAAAGUUGCCCAUGGAUGAUUCAUUUUGUGUUUUUAACUGAGAUUGUAAUGAGCGUCAAUAACAGGAAAUGCAGGUGUCACGCCGCGUCAUCUUCAUGGGUUGUGCCAUCAGUUUCUUCGUCAGCAUGACACUCCUGCCAGGAGGUGUUUUUAUCGAAGUAUGCCAGGAAGGACGUUGCUAUCGGGCUCCGCAACCUGUGGGAAGAUCCUCGCCUAACAAUACAAAGCUUGACAAAUCCUUGGAAUUAUCCGGAAUGUUUGCUUCAAACUCCACAAAUCGUAAACACUUGGAUAAAUCGUGGUCUUCAGUCGAGAAUAUCCGUAUCGUUAAAGACAAGGACUUACAAUCAAAUUAUUACAAUAAUAUAAAAAUUUCUCAAGAUGUUUCUAGUUAUUACGAGAAUCAACGCCCGAGAAAUUUAACAACUUUAGGAAAUAUUUCUAAAACGUCAGAACUAAGCCCUGUACAAACUCUUCCCAUAAAUAGCCUAACUUUUAAUGCUAACAACAAAUUUCCUGGAGUACUCGUUCACAAUCAUGCCGAUAUAAUUACAAACUUGACCAAUUUGAUCACCGAGAUCACUCAUUUGGACCUCAAGAAUGAUAGUUCAAUCAUCAAUAUGUUGCACCAAAGCUUGAGCUCCUCCAACGCUGAUCUCCGGACUAUGCUAGAAGACCUUCAAAAGUUCAACGACCGCUACGCAUGCCCCACGUGCAAGGAUGACCGCCCCCCGCCCCACACGGCGCUGAGUCUCAACACGCGCGUGCCACACGAUAAGACCUGGCGCGGCAUCAGGCUGCCGCUCGUCACGUACAGCGUGCAUGGCAGACUCGGCAACCUCAUGAGCGACUACGCCACCCUUUACGCACUCAAGAAAAUUUAUUGCAUGUCUGCAGCGCUCAAGAAAUCUCAUUAUAGUGAACUUGAUAAAUAUUUUACAGGAGUAACAAUUCAAGGAUAUCCUCUGGAAAUGCAACUGUUCGGUGCAUUCAGGGAAGAAUUAAGAAAAGAGUUUGCCUGCAAAUCAAAGCUUGACUUAUCGGCACAAUUCAGGCUCAGCAGCAUAGCUCUGCAAGCAACGAAAGCGGACCCUCACUCGCCUCUGCUGUUCGUGGGCGUUCACGUCAGACUUGGCGACUACAUCAACUAUUUGCAAACUAAAUACGCCGUACAUGGAUUGUCGUACGAUCGCUACUUGGCACGAGCUGCCGCGUAUUUCAUGCGUAAUUACACGAACGUCAUCUUCGUCGUGACGUCCGACGACGUCAGAACCACGAUGAAGUUAUUCCGCGACGCUGGCCUCAACAACGCUUUUGUUUCUCAAGGCUCCAUAGGUGAUGACAUGUGCCUGUUGUCCCGAUGUCACCACAACAUCAUAACAUUCGGCACGUACGGCUUCUGGACGGGCUUCUUGGGUCGGGGCAUCACCCUGUACCCUGACCUCCACUUCCCACACAGACAAUACAUCCUUGCGAGGCCUUCUUACGAGAGGGCAAACAUGAAAGAUUUUAUACCGAUACCUUUACGGUAACAUGAAUGAACUUUUGUUAUUACUCAUGCUAAUUGUUUACCUCCUUACGGUUGUAUAUUUUGAUUCAUAACCAGGUAUUUCCAGUAACGAUGAUUAUAACUAAAUACUUCGAGUAAAAUAAUGACAUGUUAAUAGUUAUAAAUUUUAAUUAAAGCACAGCAGCUUAGCAUCAACAGCACCUAUAUCAUACUGACCAUUUUGGAGAUGACGCCACUGUAUAUAACGCUUCAGGAACUGAAAUUAACCUAGUACUUAUGAAUAAUUUAUUUCAAUAUUUGAUUGCCGUGAUUUGAUUUGAGUGUUUUCAAUUUCUUGCCUACGCCAUAUCGUUUGGCUAGUUGAUGAUAAACACUACGCCAAAUCGUUUGACAUUAUUGAUGAACAUUGUGUUUUAUGUAUUUAUAAAACAGCUUAAUGUUUAUUUGGCCAUUCG